UAAAUAUACACGCACUGACUCUGGGGCUAACAGCUAUUUCCUCCCUCAGCCUCCCUCCCCUCUGUCUGCCUGCCCACUGCCUCCUGUCUGCCUCGAGGAGCUGACUGCCUCCGGGGCUGGAAUCCUGUGUGCCCUCUAUGCCAGAGCCCACCAUGUUGGCCAAUGUCACGACGAAGCCGCUCUGUCCCCUCCUGGAGCAGAUGAGCCACCUCCAAAGCCACAGCAACUCCAGCAUCCGCUACAUGGACCACGUGUCGGUGCUGCUGCAUGGGCUGGCCUCGCUGCUGGGCCUGGUGGAGAACGGACUCAUUCUCUUCGUGGUGGGCUGCCGCAUGCGCCAGACCGUGGUCACCACCUGGGUGCUGCACCUGGCCCUGUCCGACCUGCUGGCUACAGCCUCCCUGCCCUUUUUCACCUACUUCCUGGCCGUGGGCCACUCCUGGAAGCUGGGCACCACCUUCUGCAAGCUACACUCCUCCAUCUUCUUCCUCAACAUGUUUGCCAGCGGCUUCCUGCUCAGCGCCAUCAGCCUGGACCGCUGCCUGCAGGUGGUACGGCCCGUGUGGGCGCAGAACCACCGCACGGUGGCCGCGGCCCACAAGGUCUGCCUGGCGCUCUGGGUCCUGGCCGUGAUCAACACUGUGCCCUACUUCGUGUUCCGGGACACCAUCCCGCGGCUGGACGGGCGCAUCAUGUGUUACUACAACGUGCUGCUCCUGAGCCCUGGGCCGGACCGCAAUGCCACGUGCGACUCGCGCCAGACGGCCCUGGCCGUCAGCAAGUUCCUGCUGGCCUUCGCCGUGCCGCUGGCCAUCAUCGCCUCGAGCCACUUGGCUGUGAGCGCACAGUUGCGCCACCGCGGCCGCCGGCGGUCCAGCCGCUUCGUGCGCUUGGUGGCGGCCGUGGUGGCUGCCUUCGCGCUCUGCUGGGGCCCCUACCACGUGUUCAGCGUGAUGGAGGCUCGGGCGCACGCUAACCCUUCGCUGCGGCCGCUCGUGUGGCGCGGGCUGCCCUUCGUCACCAGCCUGGCCUUCAUCAACAGCGUGAUCAACCCGCUGCUCUACGUGCUCACCUGCCCCGACGUGCUGCGCAAGCUGCGGCGCUCGCUGCGGAGCGUGCUGGAGAGCGUGCUGGUGGACGACAGCGACCUGGCCGCCGGGGGCAGUAACCGCCGCCGCCGCCGCGCCUCCUCCACCAACGCCUCGGCUUCCUCCUUCUCUGAGAGCAGCGGCCACCGCCUGCAUGCGCUCUGGCCCGCGCGCCUGCUCGACUGGCUGCGGGGCGACCGCGCGGCGCCCCCGCAGAGGGACCGCACCCCAUCCCAGGACGAGCGGGGCCCCCUGAACCGGGCGCUGAGCACCACCUCGGGGUAGGAGGCGCGGACCCGAAUAGCCCGGCUUCAGAACCAUUCCAUUCUCUCCGGGGAGGCAGGGGCUGGGAACGAUCGCGCGUAGUAGCUUCCCCAGGGCCCGGACGUCCAAAUGUAGAUACCCCGGCUCUUAGUCUAAGGGAGGCUAAGGAAUCUAUCUGCGUGUUAAAGCCCCCCAUGUGACUCAGCGAAUUCUUUUCAGAAAAGAAGUGAGUUAAAGCAGUGCUUCUCAAUUAUUAUCUCAAUCUCAAUUAUUGCGCGGGAGUUAUCCAGGGAUUCUGUCUGAUUGACCUGGCCCGGCCGAGGGCGUGCGGCGGGGCUGGGGAGGGGGGUGCGACUGAAAUUCCGUGUUUCCAACAAGUUCCCAAGAGUAAUGCGAGGCUAAAACCCCAAGACGUCUCAAGCUAGGGUAGUGGAUACACGGGACGCAUCUCCCUGGAGCUAUUUUAGCAGGUGAUGGGUGAGGUCGAGUUUUACAUUAAACCAGUCAUGUAGUUUUGGAGCAGAAAGUGAGAGUAAAGGUUUGGUAAGUGCUGUUUGGGGCUAACCUUUUCACUGUGGUCGUUUAGGUGUCAUUUACUGACCUAUAUACGCUUUAUCUCAGUCUGGGGAAGAGGGUCAAGUUCUAUUAGCCACACUUUUUAUUGAUACCAUGUGCAAAUUGCAGUGCAGGAAGGUUAAAUAACCUGCCCAACAUAGAGGAUCUGCAUACUAACCAUUGGCAUUUACCUGUUCAAUUACUAUUAGUAUGUGAAAGAGUCCCCCUAACCCCCACCCCAUACCCAAGGUCCCUAAGAUAGUAGCUGCGUGGGAGCCCCCAUCUCUGUCUGCCCCAGCACUGCCCAAAAUAGCAAAAGCAAGGGGUGCUAUGGUCAAAUGUUCGGGAAACCUGGGCUAAAGUACAGUGAGUAUCUGUACUGAGGUCUGUAGUGUUUGAAUGUGCCUGGCAACCUCUGAGACCACAGCCUUUUUCUGAGCUCACCUGAUGUAUGUGUCGGCCUUCAGUUCCGUGGGAUGCCCUCCGGGCAAUGCUGGUAACCCCCAGAUCUGUGCAUCCCUCUCCUCCUGACCUCACAGGGGCUGCACCUCUGACCCUCAGUUGGCAGGUGCGAGGGGUAACUUACUGCAGCACCUCCACUAUCCUGUCUGUUUGGCUCAGCAUCCCAGGCCUGGUGCAUUUGGUGCAGUACACGCCUGGCUGAUGGAAUACCCAUGGAAGAGCCGGGUGAGAAACUUCUGGGACAUGGUUCAGGGCUCCCUGUACUACCACCUGCAGCUGGGCUCCCAGUGUUGAUUCAUUUGUUCCCAUGCUAGGCAAACUGAACAGUUGAUGGACAGCUGACUAAACAGACAUCCCAUCCUGAUGCCUCACCCAUGUUCCCUCCUUCCUGCUCCCUUGCUUCACUCAGCACUUGGCACCAUCUGACACAUGAUACACUUUAGUUGUUCAUUAUGUUUUAUCCAUCAGAAUGAAAGCUCCUUGAAGGCAGGGACUUUUGUCUGUAUUCCCUGCCACCUGGAAUUGUGCUGGCACACAGCAGGUGUUCAAUAAAGAUUUUUUGCUAGAGACUG